UUAAAGGAGGCCUGAAGGGCAGCUUCCCUGCUGUGAUUUAUGGCGCAAGCUUCAGUCCUUGAAGGACGCAAUGCGGGUAUUGCGGCUGAAUCAGAAGGCGAAAUCUUUGAUACGUAUAACGAAGAUGGUACACCUUUAGGACGCGAGCUUCGCUCUAUUUGUCAUGGGCAUGGCAUCUGGCAUCGCGCUGUUUACGCUUAUCUCUUUAAUACGCGUGGCGAAUUGCUGAUACAGCGAAGGUCAGAGGAUAAAAAGGUUGCGCCUGGGCAGUGGGACUUAAGCGUGGCCGAGCACCUGUCGCCGGGCGAGACCUUCCGGGAUGCAGUCGCACGCGGCCUCGCUGAGGAACUUGGAGUGCAGCUCACGCCCGAGAAACUGGACUCGCUUCAGGGUCCCCUAAUUCCGAUGCACCAGCGGAAACUGCUGAUCCCUGAGAAAGGCAUCAAGGACUUCGAAUUUGUGGAGGCCUACCGGCUGGACGGUUAUGAAGGCCCUAUUUCCUUCAACGAGCAGGCAGGCCCCACGGAUUCUAUGUGGAUCAUGAUAUUGUACGUGACCACCGGCACGGAGGUCAUUGGCUGA